AAACCGCCAAUACCCUGAUAGCAUCGCUACGCUACCCCCUGUAUUAUGACUUUGACUAUUCGGCUCUCUUGUUUUACUUUUUCUCACAACUUACGGGCUCAUGUACGAUACGGGAUAUGGAUGGAUUUGUUUUAUUUCUUUUCUUCUUCUUUUCGUCUGGUGUUACUUUCGGGGAUUUCAGAUUGUGUUAUUACUACCAUUACCUUACCUUUAUUUCACGGUGCUGUGUGGUUUUGUUUCUACAUUUCCGGGGUUACUUACAUUUAUGUUUGUCCAUCCAUCGAUCCACAUACAUCAGACCCUAAUCGAUGAUGGGAUAUGGAUGACUAUACUUCGGGUUUCUUUUAUUUACUCCUUUUUCAUGUAUCAUAUGACUGACUAUCUAUGACCGACACACACUGGUUGUGUAUGUACUUUAUUCUACUGUACUAUCUAUCUAUCUAUCUAUUUAUCUA